AUGCAUGUUCGAGACCAAAUGCACUCCGAGAUAGGAUUCUGCAGAAGCCAUGCAAAAGAAAUUUGGCACGAAGUCACCACAUUGAAGAAUGCCCCAGCCAACCACACUCGUAUCGCUCGUCAGAACUCUUAUGCUGCUGGAGAGGCGGCCCAAGCAUGCCAGCCAUGCUGUAAUCCUGGCCUUCCUGGUCCCCCAGGGCGACCAGGCAGACCUGGGAAGAAUGGCAAGCAUGGAGCACCAGGGAUGCCAGGUAUGCCAGGAAAAGCAUCUGAUGCCUUGUGUGAGCCAAUCACACUGCCCCCGUGUAAACCAUGUCCCCCUGGGCCGCCUGGUCCCAAUGGUGAGCCUGGACCGGUUGGGGAGCCUGGACCAGUUGGACAACCUGGAAGGAAUGGAAAUGACGGCGCCCCUGGAGAACCUGGACCCAAAGGUCCUCCCGGACCUCCUGGAGAGCCUGGUGUACAAGGACCACCGGGAGAAGCUGGAACUCCAGCAAUUCCCGGCCAUGCUAUACAAGGAGAGCCGGGAGCCCCUGGAGAUGAAGGACCAGUCGGCCCUCCGGGGAUUCCAGGACAGCCAGGAGCCAAUGGAGCACCAGGUCAACCAGGGCCGAAAGGGCCAAAUGGUCCUGAUGGACCUCCUGGUCCUGAGGGUAGACCAGGCGCUCCCGGUCCACCCGGUGCUUCGGGUAAAGAUGGCGAAAAAGGAAUUUGUCCGAAAUACUGUGCGCUCGACGGAGGCAUCUUUUUCGAAAAUGGGACGAGACGUUAA